AUGCUCCAAGUACCAGUGCGGGAACAAGCCCAAGCCUCCACCAAGGCUGUGAUCUUGGUUGGUGGCCCCUCAAGAGGCACUCGGUUCCGCCCAUUGUCACUCGAUGUGCCAAAGCCCCUAUUCGAAGUCGCCGGUCACCCCAUCAUCCAUCACUGCCUGAAGGCGGUGGCGAAGGUCCCCGAAGUUCGCGAGGUGAUUUUGGUCGGAUACUACGAUGAGAGUGUCUUCCGGGACUUCAUCAAGGAUGCCUCGAAGGAAUUCCCCCAACUCCGCAUCCUGUAUUUGCGUGAAUACACAGCAUUGGGUACUGCAGGUGGCCUGUACCACUUCCGCGAUGCGAUCCUCAAGGGCAAGCCUGAGCGCCUCCUCGUGCUCAACGCCGAUGUCUGCUGCUCCUUCCCACUGGGCGAGAUGAUGAAGCUGUUCGAGGAGAAGGACGCUGAGGCUGUAAUCCUGGGCACACGCGUGUCCAACGACACAGCAACGAACUUCGGAUGCAUCGUGUCCGACUCCCACACCAAGCGUGUCCUGCACUACGUCGAGAAGCCCGAGUCGCACAUCUCCAACUUGAUCAACUGCGGCGUCUACCUCUUCGCCACAGAGUGUAUCUUCCCCGCCAUCCGCAGCGCCAUCAAGCGCCGCACCACCCGCCCUCGUCUCCUCUCGUACCCCUCCUCCGAUAACCUAGAGUCUUCUUUCGUCGCCACCGGAGACGACGAGGAUUCCGAGAAGAGCGAAGUCCUCCGUCUGGAGCAGGACAUCCUCUCCGAUCUCGCCGACAGCAACCGCUUCUUCGUCCAUGAAACAAAGGACUUCUGGCGCCAGAUCAAGACCGCUGGCUCCGCCGUGCCCGCAAACGCCCUCUACCUCCAAAAGGCGUUCCAGGCCGAGUCCCCUGAACUCACUCCUCCUUCCGCCACUAUCGUGCCCCCCGUCUACAUUCACCCUACUGCCUCCGUCGAUCCCACCGCCAAGCUUGGCCCUAAUGUCUCGAUUGGUCCCCGUGUUGUUGUUGGUGCUGGUGCCCGUAUCAAGGAUUCGGUCGUUCUCGAGGAUGCUGAGAUCCGCCACGACGCUUGUGUCAUGCACUCCAUUAUCGGCUGGAGCAGCCGUGUCGGUGCCUGGGCCCGUGUUGAGGGUACUCCCAUUCCUAUUGGCAGCCACUCCACCAGCAUUGUCAAGCAGGGUAUCAAGGUGCAGAGCAUCACCAUUCUCGGCAAGGAGUGUGGUGUUGGUGACGAGGUCCGCGUGCAGAACUGUGUUUGCCUGCCUUACAAGGAGCUCAAGCGUGAUGUUUCCAACGAGGUCAUUAUGUAA